AUGACAAAAUACAUCGAUUACAAUGUCUCGGCGGGUGUCAACGUCGGCUUUACAGCCAUCAUGAUACCGCCCCUAUUCGUCAUCAUGUGCAUCAGCUUUUACCGAGCACGGCGCAGCCAUGAUCCGGCACGAGUUACGAUUGCAUAUUUCAAGGCUAUGCUGCCGGUAGCAAUACUGUGGCUUUUAAUGUACACAAUACAAGGUAUCCUUUCUAUCAUCUACGAGCAAAGCUACUCCGAUACGGGGGGCAUCUACCACGCUUCUUUACGCACGUCUCUCCUCGGGACUCUUUUCUCCUACAUAACAAAUCUCCUCCUGAUCAUGACCCUUGCUGAGCUGGGCAACGGCUUCCUGUUCUGCCUCACCCAGACGAGAACAGCGCUACAGAAGGCGGUCAGGUACGCUGCCAUAGCAUCGUGCAUAAUCCUUUCUAUGCUGGCAAUUGCAAUAUUCGGUGUUUAUAACGCCGAAUAUUCGCGUUAUCUGAGCGAUUGGUGGUAUCGUUACGACGAAGACUCUUUGUAUGAGGCUAGCAGGAAGAUGAAUGUAGCCUUCAACAUCCUCACGUUUGUUUGGGCUUUACUGCUGGUGGCUUUCGCCGCCGUAGUCUUCAACAAGACGAAGCAUAACUACAUAUUGAAAAACUCCGCAGUCCUCUUCCUCGUCGCCGCGAUCCUGAACUUCGUCACCCAGCUGUACACACUCAUCUACCUCUCCGUCUUUGUACUUGCCGACUUUUACCCCUAUGAUCAGUACGAGACCUAUACUGCUCUCAUGUUUGUAGACCCGGUCAUCAAUGAUUGGAUCUAUACUGCCGUCGUGUCACUCGUCUUUGUCAUCGUCAUCCGCAAGCGCAACGGUCUGUGGACCACCGUGCAGCCGUGGAUGGACCAAGAGGGCCCGCCUGCACUGGCCGCAAACCCGAUCCACAAAGGCCGGGGCGAGCAAUGGCAGCAGCCGUCUAACAGCCAUGUCUUGGGCGUUUAG